ACUCUCAUGUCUCGUCAUUCUGUUGCACUUACAUUUAUCCCUCCAAUAACUUUGCCUUGCUUCAUCGUGCAGUUAAGUUUUUCUCUGCUUCUCCAUUGUGAAUUAGUGCAUAUCCAUCCUUUCAACAUGCGAUGGACAAAAUCUGCAAAAAGAAAACUCUCUUUUCCCAUAAUCACAGCCAUUAUCUGUACUUUAACCUUCAUUUUUCUGUUGUACACUGAGAGGAUUAGUACUGUUUCUUCUGGCUCUAUUUUGAGGUUUAAGCCUUGUCCCAAAAGAAAUUUUGCAGAUGAUAGAGAAUUGGAGAGCGAUCAACUAGACAAUCCAACAGACGAUAGUCUUGUUUUUGAUCCUGAUGAAUGCAGUGUCACACAUGGGAAAUGGAUUUUUAAUACUUCAAUCAAGCCAUUGUAUUUAGACAGGACUUGUCCUUAUAUUGAUAAACAAUAUUCUUGUAUUAAGAAUGGCCGAAACGAUUCAAAUUAUCGAUACUGGGAAUGGCAGCCUGAUAACUGCAUGUUGCCAAGGUUUGAUCCUGAGAUUGCCCUAAGAAAGCUUCGAGGAAAGAGAUUAAUGUUUGUAGGGGAUUCACUACAGAGAAAUCAAUGGGAAUCUUUUGUAUGUUUGAUUGAAUCUGUAAUCCCAAAAGGCAAGAAAUCCAUGAAACGUGGCCGCGUUCACUCUGUAUUCAAAGCUAAGGAAUAUGAUGCUACAAUUGAGUUCUAUUGGGCUCCAUUCUUGGUCGAGUCUAACACAGAUAUUCCAAUUAAAAGUGAUCCAAACCAGAGAAUAAUUAAAGUGGACUCCAUUGCACAGCGUGCGAAACACUGGUUAGGAGCAGACAUCCUUGUUUUCAAUACUUAUGUUUGGUGGAUGAGUGGACUCAAGACCAAGGCACUAUGGGGCGAAUUCAAAAAUGGAGAAGAAGGUUAUGAAGAAUUAGAUACAACAGUUUCUUACAGAAUAGCAUUAAGAACAUGGGCAAAUUGGAUUGAUUCAACAGUUGAUCCUAAAAAAACACGGGUCUUUUUCACUACUAUGUCUCCUUCACACCAGAAAAACAAAGAAUGGGGGAACAUAAAUGGGAUCAGGUGCUACAAUGAGACAAGACCAGUAAUGAAGAAGGGCUUCUGGGGAACUGGUUCAAACAAAGAGAUGAUGAAUGUUGUGGCCAAUAUCAUAGGAAGAAUGAAGGUUCCUGUUACUGUUUUGAAUAUCACACAAUUAUCUGAGUAUAGAAUUGAUGCACAUACAUCAAUAUAUGGUGAAUUGCAAGGCAAAUUGUUAACAGCUGAGCAAAGAGCUGAUCCUUUGCAUUUUGCGGAUUGUAUACAUUGGUGUUUGCCUGGAGUUCCUGAUACUUGGAAUCAGUUACUUUUUGCAUAUUUGUAGCCCAAAUUAUAAUCCUAGACACACCGGAAAUGAUUUUUGUAAAGUUUUUCACCCCAUAAACCAACAACACAUGCAAAUUACAUGCAAGUAUGUAACCACGCUGGUUGAAAUAUUGUCUCAAUAUGGCUUUAUAA